UGACAACAUGAUCUAUAGCAUAUAUAUAUGGCAAGGUAUGGAUGGACUGGAUGGACCUGUAUUGUCUGGUAAAGGCUUUUUCCUGAAAAGGGUGUCCUUAUAUGGCAGAUAUGUGGAAGAAGGUGCUGAUCCAAUGGAACUGAAAAAGUAUUUUGGGCCACCCAAUGAGUUCAUGAAAUCUCUUUUUAAUCACAAGAAGCCUAAUGUAGCAAAUAUUAGAGACUCUUCUAAUGCAUUGUUACAAGAGGCCAAAUUUUUGGCUUCUUGCACCUAUGGAAGUGAAACAAAAUGGGGUCAAGAUGUUGGUUUUCUGCAUUAUUCAGUAGCAGAAGAUUACUUGACCGGCUUCACCAUACAAUCCAAAGCCUGGACUUCAGUCUAUCUGAGCUCAUCAACGCCGCAGUUUUUGGGCUCUGGUGUCACAAAUUUGAAUGAUCUGUUGACUCAAGGAAUAAGAUGGAGUUCAGGGUUGGUCGAAGUCGGUAUCUCAAAGUUUUGCCCUUUUGUUUAUGGUCCCUCCAAAAUGUCCUUUCUUGAGAAAAUGAGCUAUGGAUAUCUCUCAUUUUUUCCCCUCUACUUCUUACCUUUGUGGUGUUUCGCUACUGUUCCUCAACUAUGCUUGCUUAGUGGUAUUCCUAUGUAUCCUGAGGUUUCAAACUCAUUUUUCAUUGUAUUUCUGUUCAUCUUUGCCUCCUCACUUGUUCAACAUUCUUUUGAGGUCUUCAUCACUGGUGGCUCACCUCGCUCAGUGAUAAAUGAGCUAAGGUUAUGGAUGAUAAAAUCAAUCACAUCUCAUCUCUAUGGGAGCUGAGGAUUGGUAUGAGGGAAGCCAGUUUCUUGCUCACCAACAAAGUUGAUGAUGACGAAACAGUUGAACUAUACCGAAAUGGAAAAUUCGAUUUCAGAACACCAGCUAUGUUUCUUGUUCCGCUGGUUGUUCUAGUUAUCCUGAACGUGGUUUCUCUUCUUGUGGGAAUCACUAGAGCUAUCCUUGUUGGAAAUUUGGACAAGAUGUUUCUACAAGUUUUCUU